GUUAGGGGCAGUGUGGAACCUAUUCGCUGGUUGCCCAAAGCCAGGAAAAAUGUCAAAGACGAAGACGAGAAUCCCGGUGGAUGUACCGUCAUGCAGCGCGCUAGGUUCUUCCAGAGAACAGAGAUGGCGGCCGGUUAGAGCUACACGUAAACACAGCAUUUCCAUUAAGCCGGACUCCCCGAAACGCUGAGGGGCAGCCAGCCUCACGCACCGCCGCGGUGACACCGCAGCAGUCACACGGGAGGUCCCCGGCGGACUCUUCGUUCAACCCGAGCAAAUUUACAAACCCUACUUCCAAACAAAAACAUUAAAACAUGGACGAACACCCUGGAGGAGGUGCAGGAGGAGGAGCGGCCGCCCCGCGACAGCCGCCUUCACCGCAGCAGCACCAGCAGGGCAGCAGCAGCGGCGGUCCCCCUAUCGGAGCAGUCAUGGUCCCGCAGCAGAACGAAGACUUGCCCCGGCCACAUCAGCAAUACACUAUUCCCGGGAUCUUGCACUACAUCCAACACGAGUGGGCCCGGUUCGAGAUCGAGAGGGCACACUGGGAAGUGGAGAGGGCCGAACUCCAGGCCAGGAUAGCGUUCCUGCAGGGGGAGAGGAAGGGCCAGGAGAACCUGAAGAACGACCUGGUUAGGAGAAUCAAAAUGUUAGAAUACGCUUUAAAGCAGGAAAGAGCAAAAUACCACAAGUUAAAAUACGGAACAGAGUUAAACCAAGGAGACAUGAAGAUGCCAAUCUUUGAGUCAGACACCAAAGAGUCGGAGGUCUCUGCUGUCCCUGCCAACAGUCAGCUAAUGUGGAAACAAGGCCGGCAGCUCCUCAGACAGUACCUUCAAGAAGUGGGAUACACAGACACCAUCUUGGAUGUUCGCACUCAGAGGGUUCGCUCUCUGCUCGGCCUGUCGGGUUCUGAGCAGAACGGAUCGAUGGAGAAUAAGAACCUGCAGCACCUGAUCAAUGGAACGGAGCGCUGCAAAGAUCCCAAGAGGAUUCCAAAUGACAAUCUGGAGACGUUUAACUUCCUGGAAAACGCAGAGGACAGCGAUGAGGAGGAGGACGAGGAAGGAGACCUGAUGGAUGACAUCAGCUCUGACAAACAACACAGACCUAAAAAACACAAGCCUAACAUAGGAAACGAGGGCCUGGCAUCAGAGGACGACGCAGACACAGAGGAAGCCCUGAAGGAGUUUGACUUCUUGGUGACAGCAGAGGAUGGAGAGGGAGCCGGAGAAGCUCGCAGCUCUGGAGACGGGACAGAGUGGGAACCGCUACCGUUCCCCUCCGGCGGGGGGAAGUCCUUCCUGCUGGGAGGGCCGGACGACGUGCUGGAAAGCGUGUUGGGUUUGGGGGACCUGGCAGACCUCACCGUCACCAACGACGAGACGGACUUCGGCUACGAUCUGUCGUCCAGUAAAGAGUCUACGUUCAGGAAGACGUGGAAUCCUAAGUACACGUUGCGGAGCCACUUCGAUGGCGUCCGGGCUCUGGCCUUCCACCCCGUGGAGCCCUGCCUGGUCACCGUGUCUGAAGACCACACCCUGAAGCUGUGGAACCUCACCAAGACCGUCCCAGCCAAAAAAAGUGCCUCUUUUGAUGUGGAGCCCAUCUACACAUUCAGGGGUCACAUCGGCCCGGUUCUGUCCUUAGCCAUGACCUCCAGCGGUGAGCAGUGUUUCAGUGGAGGCAUCGACUCCACCAUCCAGUGGUGGAACAUCCCCAGCUCUAACGUCGACCCCUAUGACACCUACGAUUGCAGCGUCCUGGCGGGGUCGCUGCUGGGUCACGCCGACGCCGUGUGGGGAUUGGCUUACAGCGGCAUCAAGAACCGCCUCCUGUCCUGUUCUGCUGACGGAACCGUCAAGCUGUGGAACGCCGUGGAGAAAGACCCCUGCAUCAGCACUUUCAACACAAACCAUGAGCACGGAAUCCCCACAGCCGUAGACUUUAACGGCUGUGACCCCGCCCACAUGGUGGCAUCCUUUAACAACGGAGACGUGGCGAUAUACGACCUGGAAACGUCUCAGACUGCACUGGUGCUGAAGGGUCAAGGAGACAGCACCGUCCCGGGUUUGAAUCACAUCUAUAAAGUGGUGAGUCACCCCACGCUGCCCGUCACCAUCACGGCUCACGAGGAUCGCCACAUCAAGUUCUUCGAUAACAAGUCAGGUAAAAUGAUCCACGCCAUGGUGGCUCAUCUGGACGCAGUGACCAGUCUGGCUGUGGAUCCUAAUGGGAUCUACUUGAUCUCUGGCAGUCACGACUGCUCCCUGCGGCUCUGGAACCUGGACAGUAAAACGUGCGUGCAGGAGAUCACGGCUCACCGUAAGAAGAGCGAAGAGGCCAUCUACGACGUGACCUUUCACCCGUCCAAAGCCUACAUCGCCUCUGCUGGAGCCGACGCUCUGGCCAGGGUCUACGUAUAGAGAAGAGGAGCAGCGCAGCGCAGCGCUGCGGCGUGGGGCUCCGAGUAAGACGUAGCCAGGAUUCAGGUCUGUUCACAUCCAUCUGAAGGCAGCAGCAGACUGAGACGCCCACACACACACCGCUGCCCCGCGCCGCCGCCGCCUUCGCCCACUGAAUGGAGCUCAUCUGAUCUGGCCAAUCAGUUCCCUCUCUAAGGCGGUGUCCAGCAGGCUGACCUCCUCGUCACGUUGAACUCUAGUGCAAUCUCCACAUGCAGACGUAGAAACGUUAAAGGAAAAAUCCCCCCAAAUUCAGCUGAUGGGUGGAGCUGAAUUCUUUAUAUUUUACUCAACAAGUGGCUGCAGCUAAACAUCUACAGUCAAAAUGACUUUUUUGGUUCUUUAAGUUUUCCGUAGCGACAAAGUUUCACUUGGAAGAAUCAAGUCUGAAAUGAUUAACUUUAUCACUGCUUUCAUGUUAUUUCUGAGUGAAGGAUGAAGUUCUUUCCAGACUCAUUCGGCCUCGGGAGGCUUUACAGUGCAGCUUCGUUUACUGAAGAAUCCAUCUUCACAUAAAGUCAGGGCUCAUCAAGCUGUCUGCUUAGAGAAUAGAGAAAUGACGAGGAAACGUGUCUGAUCAGACCAACGCCAGGGACAGAUCUGGUUUAGUGAUGCAGCAAGAAUUAAACGGUUACUUCUGGUUUUAUCAGUUUUUCAUAACUUGGUAUGUAGAAACUCAGUGUUUCGUCCUAAACGGUUCUGUCCUCUUAACAGAACCUUCUGCUGAUUUUUCAUUCAGCCAGAAGAACCAAAGACUCUGACAGCAGGGAUCAUGUAGGGAGAUGGAUCUGAAGUUUUGAAAUGGGCUUCUGUGGAGAGUAGGGACCAAUAAUAUAUUAACCAAUAUUUUGUGUAUAUAUAUAUAUAUAUAUAUAUACAUAUAUAUAUAUAUAUACAUAUAUAUAUAUAUGUAUAUAUUUCCUACAUGUUUCAAUCCAGUGUAAAAGCAGCUACACAGUCACUGUGACACUGCUCUAACUAAACUCCCCACAGUCCUGUCACAUGACUGAAUGGGGCCAAUCACAUUCUCCUGAAACACAAACAGCAACUAGACAGCAGUAAACAUUAUUAACCAGUCCAGUUUUAUCGGACAGAUACCGAUAUGAUAAAAAGUGGCCAAUAUCGGCUGGUACCAAUACAGAUAUAUUGUGCUUCCCUAGUGGAGAUUUCCGAAUCAGUAACCAUUCUGACUGGUUGGAUCUUUCCAUAACUGUGCUCACCAGUGGUUUGCCAGAAAUCUAAUUCUGGUUUUCACCAAAGUGAAAUGCUAUUCCCAAUCAAACUGUGUGUAAACGCGAAAUCCCUCACCUUCAGACACACUGCUGCAGAAUUCAGUCAGCUAACACUGAAAUGUUAGCUGACUGACAGUGACUCAUAUUGCUGCAGCAGCAGUGACUCAGUAAUAUGAAUUAACAUCAUGCAACGCUGAACAGUUUCUGAUUAAACUAAUCAACUGACACAUUUUUGACCAAAAUCAUUUCCCUUCAGCCCCAGUCGGGCUGUUUAAAAAAAAAAAAAAAAACACAAAAAAACCAACAAAGAACAAGAUGGUGGCAUCACAGGAAAAGAAAAGACACGUCCUGAUUCUACAUCAGGAUUUCAAUACCGUUUAUUCGGCAGUUUAUGAAGCAACAUAAACUGCAGAACAAGAAAAAUACUGAAUGUUCCCCACUGCAGGGAAGAUAUUGACUACUCUCAACAUAACCCCACUUCAAAAAGCAGAUGUUUGUUUUCUGCUUCACCUGUUAUUGACAUCUUUAUGAAACACUUUAAGUUCAUGUGCUGCUUCCCGUUUGUAUGAAGCCACUAGGAAAGCUCAGGCUGGAACUGACAGGUUGAGUUGCUGCUGCCCCUAGUGGUGUGGAGGUUCGGUUUAAAGAAGUUAUCUUUGAGAGAAAAAAAUACUAAAAAUUAUUUUUUUUGUCUUUUGUCAGUCAUUUGUGACUGAACAUUUGCCUUCACAGUGGUAAGCAUUAAAGUGCAUCAGCAGUGUGUAGAGGAGCCAACAGGGGGCGCUAACAUCUAUCAGGACACUAAAGAAGCAGAAGUGCUACAUGAUCUGAAGUAAUCGUGACAAAUUAAGGCCUGUUUGUUUAAUGUUCAUAUCUAAGAGUUUGGGUAAUUAUUUUUCAUUUAACUUUCUGAGCUUCAGAACCUGACAGACAAACGGGGGAUUUUUCCUUUAAACCUACAGAGACAAAGUCUGGACUGAAGUGAACAUCUGAUGUUUGAUCUCUGGUUUCUCUCCUUUUUUUAAAAAAAAAAAAAAAAGCAAAACAAAACAAAAAAAUAGUAAAAUAUUUAAAUGUUCUGAUGUUGCCAGGAAAAUGUUUUAGCAGCUGUACAGUUUUGAAGAAAUUUAAAUUAAGAAAUGGGGGGAAAAAAAACCCAACAUGAGUGAGUUUAUGUGUUGGAAAAACCUGCCGAGCGAUCACGGGUUGGUGAAAUGUCUGAUAGCGUGUAAAUCUGACGAGGGUGGAGCCGCUCGGAACGCCGAGCGCAGCCCCGCGUCUAAAGCCGAGUAUUUUUGUUUGUGUGAAAUAAUAAAAAAAAAAAGGUCUAGUUUUUAUAAUCCUUUUUAUAGAAAUAUUGUUAAUGCAGCGGAGGAGCUGUCCUAUCGGCCAUGCCGGCGCUCGCAGGUUAACCGUCGCUCGGUGACUCGAACUUCACUGCCACAGAUUAAAGAGCUGACGUCACACGGAGGAAAGGAGAACGGUUCAGAUGAAACACACUGGAUGGAUGGUUUAAUAAGAACCUAAAUGUUAUUGAAAUCUGGUAUGUAAAGAAUAGACACAGGCCACCACAGCAGCUGCUCUCACAACGUGUUAUGACGCCUCUGGUCCUGAUGGGAAGAAUUACCAAAAUGUCUGAAAUAUUGAUCCUAACUGUAAACUCAAUGUCUAAAUCAGGGGUGUCCAAAGAGUGGCCCAGGGGCCAUUUGUGGCCCUUGGACUGAUUUUUGUGUGUAUUGAGCUUUUUUUUUUCUUUUUUUUUAACAGGGUGAAAUUAGCAUCAUAAUUUUCUUACAAUGGAAAAUGUGAAGUGCAAUAUAAAAUACUCAAUUUUACAACCAAGCUUGUCCAGAGACUUUUACUUCACGCUGAACCCAAAUCAUCUUUAUUUAUGAAACUUGGUUAAAUAUUGACAAGCCUUUUGAAAGGGACACAAAUCCUGUUCCCAUUACAGAGAAUAAAUGGUUCGAUAAAUUUGUCCAAAGCCCAAAGAAUUGGAAAGUUGUUGUCAUAAUAUAGCAAACGUGUAAAUCCUUUAAGUUUUGGAUCUUUGGUGAAGAACAUCUUUUUCCUGGGGGGGAAAAAAAUUAUCUGACCACUUUAUUUGUUGGAUUGUAGUAUUUAUUUAUUUUUAAUUUCUUGGCCUGUGAUUACGUUUGAGAGAAGGUUUGGACGCCCCUGGUCUGAACCACUGAGUCUUUACUUCUGGUGUCGCUGAUCCGACUGAAGUCGUUUUCCAGUGACGAGACGUUUAGUGACCCGCUCAGCCUGAACCCAGCUGUUCUUCAGGGCCGACCAACUCCUCGUCCUCACAUCACCUCCGUCAGUGUUUGGCUCCUGUGUGUGUUUCUGCAGAUGUUACUGACCUCACACACACACAGAGACACACACAUCUAGAGUGUGUUUUUAGCAGAAAGCAGCCCAUUGGAGCUCCUAGAAAAAGUGGUCUUUGAGUAGCCAUCUUUUAGGAUGUGUCUUCAUUGUUGUGCUUUGUUCUGAUGCACAGUUUUAGUUUGACGUUUUGUUUGUUUGAAGAGUUCCUAACCUGAGUGGCUUCUGGUUGAUCACAAGUCCAAAUAAAUGCUUUUGUUUGAAAUACGACUAAGAUCAACUUUUUAACUCUGUGUGUCUGAAGCAUGGUUAAUAAAAUAUUUUUUGUAGUCUUCCCAUGAAAACAAGAAAAAUGCAGUUUAGAUUUUUUUUUUUUAUAAACUGAACCGUUUUUCAGAACUGUACCACAGAGCAGAAUACAGCAGUUGUUAAUGUAUAUAAAAUGUCUAUUAUGAGUAAUAAAUGUUGUACCUGUACA